GAGCAGCCGCGUGGUACCUUCUGCCUGGGAGACCUAAGGAAAGAAAGCAGAGGCCGGCCUCAGACUGCUUCUUUUCGCUUACCUGUGCAGCGUAGUUUUUGAGCUUCCUCUUUGUAGUCCUAAGAGACAAGAGCGCCGUUCUCUGACUCCUACCCCAUACGUUUCUGCGGACCACCCGCCAUGGCUCAGCUUCAAACACGCUUCUAUACUGAUAAUAAGAAAUAUGCGAUAGAUGAUGUUCCCUUCUCAAUCCCUGCUGCCUCUGAAAUUGCUGAUCUUAGUAACAUCAUCAAUAAAUUGCUGAAAGACAAAAAUGACUUCCACAAACAUGUGGAGUUUGAUUUCCUUAUCAAGGGCCAGUUUCUGCGGAUGCCCUUGCUCAAACACAUGGAACUGGAGAACAUCUCAUCAGAAGAAGUUGUGGAACUAGAAUAUGUAGAAAAGUAUACCGCACCCCAGCCAGAGCAAUGCAUGUUCCAUGAUGACUGGAUUAGCUCAAUUAAAGGAGCAGAGGAAUGGAUCUUGACUGGUUCUUAUGAUAAGACUUCUCAGAUCUGGUCCUUGGAAGGAAAGUCAAUAAUGACAAUUGUGGGACAUACAGAUGUUGUAAAAGAUGUGGCCUGGGUGAAAAAAGACAAUUUGUCUUGCUUAUUAUUGAGUGCCUCUAUGGAUCAGACUAUUCUUUUAUGGGAGUGGAAUGUAGAGAGAAACAAAGUAAAAGCCCUACACUGCUGCAGAGGUCAUGCUGGAAGUGUGGAGUCUAUAGCUGUUGAUAGCUCAGGAACUAAAUUUUGCAGUGGCUCCUGGGAUAAGAUGCUAAAGAUCUGGUCUUCAGUGCCUACAGAAGAAGAAGAUGAAAUGGAGGAAUCCUCAAAUCGACCACGAAAGAAACAGAAAACAGAGCAGUUGGGACUAACAAGGACUCCCAUGGUGACCCUCUCUGGCCACAAGGAAGCAAUUUCCUCAGUUCUGUGGUCAGAUGCUGAAGAGAUCUGCAGUGCAUCUUGGGACCACACAAUUAGAGUGUGGGAUGUUGAGUCUGGCAGUCUUAAGUCAACUUUGACAGGAAAUAAAGUGUUUAACUGUAUUUCCUAUUCUCCACUUUGUAAACGCUUAGCAUCUGGAAGUACAGAUAGGCAUAUCAGACUGUGGGAUCCCCGAACUAAAGAUGGUUCUUUGGUGUCGCUGUCCUUAACCUCACAUACAGGCUGGGUGACAUCAGUAAAGUGGUCUCCUACCCACGAACAGCAGCUGAUUUCAGGUUCUUUAGAUAACAUUGUCAAGCUAUGGGAUACAAGAAGUUGUAAGGCUCCUCUGUAUGAUCUGGCUGCUCAUGAAGACAAAGUUCUGAGUGUAGAUUGGACAGACUCAGGGCUACUUCUGAGUGGAGGAGCAGAUAAUAAAUUAUAUUCCUACAGAUAUUCACCCACCACUUCCCAUGUUGGGGCAUGAACAUGAAUGAUAAUUUGAUUAUGGAGAUUUGUUCUAUAAAUAAAAGUGGUAGAGACACGAAACUACAUUGAUGAAGAUGCAUCAAGCAGUCUUCUAAAGUUUAUAUAAUGUUUUCACUGUUCAUAAUAGCAUAUCACUUUUUCUUUAUUUUGUAUUUAUAAUACAAAGUAUUUGGUGUUUAUAAAAUGUAAAAUGUGACCUGCAUUCUUUAUCUUAUACAAACUCUUGAAAUUAAACUGAGUUUUAAAUUUCUUUUUAAAAGUA